UCCGGUUCUCCUGCGCGUGGCCCCGCCUCCUCCGGCUCGUGGUGAAACAUGGCGCAGGGACAGCGCAAGUUCCAGGCUCAGAAACCUAAAAGCAAGGCAGCGGCUGCGGCGGAGCGGAGCCGAGGGCCGAGGAAAGGCGGUCGAGUCAUCGCUCCCAAGAAGGCGCGCGUCGUGCAGCAGCAAAAGCUGAAGAAGACCCUGGAAGUGGGGAUCCGGAAGAAGAUUGAGCAUGACGUGGUGAUGAAAGCCAACUCCAGCCUGCCUAAGAAGCUCACACUGCUGAAGGGUGCAUCAAAGAAGAAAGGGGCCACCACGCCCAGCAAGACACCAUCCUAAAGGCACUGGGACUUUACAGGUGACCCCACAGGCUGGCUGGACUUGAAGAGGACCCUGCUCCAGUCCUGAUGGCACCUGGGACAGCAAUGGGCAGGUGAUGAUGGCGCCUGAGGCCAGCUCGGCGGGGUUCUGAGGAGGCACUCAGCUUCCUAUAGGCUCAGGGUCUGUCUUUACUGGGGUGACAGUGUGAUGAAUCUGACUCUGAUGUCCCUCCAGCUCUCCAGCAGCCCAAUGGGGAGGCUGUUUGGGGGCUAGGUGAGCCUCACUGGUCUCCACAAGAAACUUCUCCCACCCACACAAUGCCCUUGACAGCCACAGACCCAAGAAAGGGCAAUGGCAUCAAUAGCCGAAGCUGGCAGAGAAGGUAAUCUCUUUCCUGGGUCUCCAGGACACACUCUAGUCAUCUAGUGUCUGUUGUCACUGUCCUAUACAUGAAGAAGGGUUCCAUAUCUUCACAGAGGCACCAUCUCAUCCUGUCACACUAGUGAUCCAGAGCCACUUGGGGAUGGCCACUGUUACCCAAUAAAGCUGUGCUCACAGAG